ACGUGCUUGAUGACCGAUGCGGUCAGGACAGCGGAUAGUUAGUGAUGAGGAGGAGCAAGUUAUCGGCGUGCCGACGGCCCAGGUCACCAGUAACAUGCCAGUCCUUGGUCCCAGCGCCGAUCCAACUCCACUUCGAGGACUUCUGAUCGCCAUCUUCGUCCUAUUGUCCCUGUCGCGUUGUCGCUGCACGGAUCUAGGACAAUGCACCACGGCGUUGGGCAUGGAGAGCGGAGAAAUCCCCGAUGAAGACAUCUCGGCGAGUUCUAUGUACGAUCCCAGCCUCGGACCGAAACAUGCCAGGCUACGACAAGACAAGGGUGGCGGCGCUUGGUGCCCGAGAAAUAUGGUGACCAAGGAAGGCAAGGAAUACCUAGAGGUGAAUCUGCACACACCGCGCUUACUGACGUCCACCAAGACGCAGGGCAGAUUCGGCAACGGCAACGGGGUCGAGUACACCGAGGAGUACUUUGUCGAGUAUUGGCGGCCAGGGUUCAACAAGUGGGUGCGAUGGAGGAAUCGACGUGGCAUAGAGCUCUUGGUGGGCAACAACAAUCCAUAUUCGGAGGAGGAGCAGAUCUUCGAUCCGGCUAUAGUCGCAACGAAAAUCCGCUUUAUCCCUUACACUUCUCAUAUGCGUACAGUAUGUAUGCGCGUAGAGCUUUACGGCUGUUCGUGGACGGAGGGUCUCGUCUCGUAUUCCAUGCCCCAAGGAAUCAAGAGGGGCUCCGAGGUUGACCUCUCCGACAGGACGUACGACGGCCGCGAAGAAGCGGGUUACCUCUCCGGGGGACUUGGUCAACUUGUCGACGGGCAAAAGGGUCCGGACAACUUCAGAUUGGACGUCAGCGGCAACGGAAAGGGAUACGAAUGGGUCGGCUGGCGAAACGACACACCCAACAUGCUUGGACGUCCGGUGGAAAUAACUUUCGAGUUCGACUACUCGAGGAACUUCACUGCCAUACACCUACACAUGAACAAUUACUUCACGAAGGACGUGCAGGUUUUCUCGUACGCGAAGGUCUACCUCGGCACAGGUGGCAACCAGUUUACCGGCGAACCUGUCCAUUUCUCUUACAUACCCGAUCAGGUGCUCGAGCAGGCGCGCGAGGUCACCAUAAAGCUGCACUCGCGCGCCGGCCGCUUCCUGAAGUUGCAGCUCUACUUCGCCGCGCGGUGGAUCAUGCUCAGCGAGGUAAUCUUCGAAUCAGUUAUCUCCGAAUGGAACAAUACCGAGGACGAGGAGGCGAAGAACAAGAGCGCCAUUGUACUGGCGACCGGCAGCCCCUAUCAAAAUAACGAGGGUCCACUGCAGAGAGACGAAGUGAAGGCUACUUUUAAUAAGGAGGAAAGCAAAGAUAACACCUUUCCAGAUAAGAGCAAGGAGCCGGAAUCGAGGCAGUUCGUCGGUUUAGUUAUCGGCAUCCUGACGACCGUAAUUGUAAUGCUGCUCGCGGCGAUCAUGUUCAUCUUCUAUAGGAACCGUAGGCUCAAAGCUGCUCUCGCACCGUCAAACUUCUACGAUCAACAGGGUGAUCUCAAGGUCUCCGUGCCGGAGGAGGGCGAGGACAAGGGACCAAUUUGCCCCCCGCUUCCGGCGCAGUACCAUCCAGCCACCUACAGCACGACGACGCCGCAAUUACACAAAACCGUCACGGAUUACACCGGGAUCAACGAGGUGCAGCCGGUUAUUCCGCUCCUGCUUAACUCGACGAUCAAUCUUGCCAGGCCAAUUCCGGCGGUCCAAGAAUAUCCGUCUAACCCGCCGCCCAUACCGCCCCCGCCGGAAAAGUAUUACGCCAGUACGGAGAUCUGUAAGAGUCCUCUACCACCACUGCCACCCUCGCCGACAGCAAGUACGCCACCGCCAAUGAGUGCGAAAGCCUCCAGCAGUAUAACCAGCUACAGUCCGGAGGAUAUGCUCACGGAGGAAGAGGAGGAAAUGCCCGAGUGUGUCCUUGAUUUUCCACGAGAAAAACUCAACAUUGUUGAAAACCUCGGCUGCGGAUACUUCGGCGAUGUUCAUCUCUGCGAGGUCGACAGGUUUCCUGGGUACGAUGAGGUCUUCAGAAAUACCUCCAGCGAUCUAGUUAUUGUUAAAUCCUUAAAACCAGGAUCUUCUGACGCUCUUAGGAUAGAAUUUCAACAGGAGGCAAAGAGACUGGUACGACUCGCCGAUCGAAAUGUCGCGCGGCUACUCGGUGCCAGCCUCGAGAACGAUCCCAUGUGCAUCGUAUUGGAAAACGGCGAGUACGGGGAUUUGAAUCAAUAUCUGCAGAGUCACAUCGCCGAAACUUCGAACCUGCACACGGCCAAGACACUUAGUUUCGGCACAUUGGUUUACAUGGCCACGCAAAUAGCAUCCGGCAUGAAGUAUCUUGAGGAAAUGGACUUCGUACAUCGGGAUCUCGCCACAAGGAAUUGUAUAGUGUGUCGCGGAUGCACGGUUAAAGUAUCUGAUUUGGGAAGCGGACGGAGCGCAUAUGCGGCGGAUUACUUCCGUGUCGAAGGACGUCCUCCAUUACCGAUUCGAUGGAUGUCAUGGGAAUCAAUGCUAAUGGGAAGGCACACGUGCAAGGGUGACGUCUGGGCGUUCGCCGUCACGCUGUGGGAAAUACUGACGUUCGCGCGGGAGCAGCCCUUCGAGGAGUUUCCGGAUCAUCGGAUAGUGGAGAACGCGACGUACUUUUAUCAAGAGGAUGAGCGAAGGAUGAUACUGCCACUGCCAAAAAACUGUCCCAAAGAGAUCUACGAUCUGAUGCGCGAGUGUUGGCAGAGGAACGACGUCGACCGGCCAAACUUUCGCGAGAUCCAUCUGUUCCUGCAACGAAAAAAUCUCGGUUACAAGCCCGGUGAGUCGAACGAUACUUGAUAUAGAGAACUGGAAGGCUGGAACCUCAUCCGGCUUUCUAUGAUCGGCGAAUUAAACGGCAAUUGGUGGAACUGCCCUUCAUCGACCAAGCUAGACCAAGUCAGACCAAGUUAGUACCUAGGGUGACGAUCCAUAAAUCGGCUAUAACGAACGUAAACGGUUUGUGUGAUGGCAUGGUCGGAUGCGUCCACCGUGUCGAUGAUAUCGAUAUGGCACUUACGUGCGAGAAGAAGACGU